ACCUGUCUUUUCUGCACCACCAGAUCGUCCCACUCCUCUCUCUCCGCGUAAUCGUCGCUCUCUGCAUCCCAUCUUCCUUUCCUUUCUUGUUUUCUUUUUUCUCUUUUCGUCGUCUUCCUCUUCUCGCCUGUUUCUAUCAAAAAAAAAAGUAUUUACUAGGUCAUCGAAUUUAUACCCCAGUCCUCAAAAGCUCGCCCCCCCAAUACCCCCUUAUCGAUGAAUCGCUUCCGCAAAAACAAAAAGAAGGAGGAGGGCCCUGUCGGCGUAGAGGCUGACAGGGCGGCGUCGGUCUCCAGCUCGAGAACCUCGAAUGAUAAUAACAAGAAGAAAAACAACAACAAGAAGACAGAGCCGGAACCCGUGCCGAACGUCGAUCUCGCCUCCGUGCUGCCUCCCAGCGAUGACUUUCGGACCAGUCUGCUCAUGCCCAAGCUGUCGGCUCGCUUUAGCAUGUUGAGGGAGCAGGAUGACCCGACGAGCAUACUUGGCAAGGCCAGCGACGACAGCGUGCUGUUCCCCAAGCGCGCCUCGCGCUUGAACCUCUUCGGCCACCACCCCAACCUGCUGUCCGACAUCGAUGAGGUUUCCUCUAUUGCCGGCCGAACUGCCUCCAUGGCAUCGGGUGGGGAUGGAUAUGGCACCGACGAUGAUCGCUCUUCACAGCCGGGAAGCAUCAUGAACCGUGGUCGUCGUACCGAGGGCAACAAUCUGUUCGGCGGCCGGCAGAAGGUUUACAAGAUCGCCGCAAAGUCUUCAGCAACAGAGGGCGGCAACUCCUCUGGCGGUAUGGGUGGACGUGCUCUAUACGAGGAUGAUCUGUCCAUGUCCGCUUUCCAGCGGUUGCGGCUCAAGGAGAAGGAGGAGAAGCUGGCCGCUGAGGAGGCCGCCAAGGAGGCCAGCCAGACCACCUCCGAACCGGAAGACGCCAUGUCCAGUAUUUCGUCGACGAUUAAACGCACCACCUCCUCCUCCACCGCUUCGGGCCCCUCUGCCUCCCGUACGUCUACUGCCGCCACCUCCAUCGACGAGCAACAGUCGACAACAACAACUGCUAUCGAGAGCCCUCGCAUCACAACCAAACAACCUUUCCCAGGAAUGGCGCCGGAACGAGGCUCGAUCAAGACUCGCCGGCUGUACGGUCAAAGUCUGGCACAAUCCUCCUACAACCAGCAGUCGUCUACCCUUCAUCGACUAGAGAGCCUGAGUCGCCAGCGCGCCGGCACCCCUGAAAUCCCUCAGCUGACCCGCGCUUUCUCGCGGAGCGCCACCAACCUGCACGACCGCCUGCAGAGACUCGCCAUUACCGAGUCCUCCUCGCCUACCCUGUCGCCCGCGCGACCCACGAGUCCGCCCUCCUCCUUGGCCGCAUCACCGGAACCCCGCGAGCGCGGCAGACUCAACAACCCAUCACCUCCGCCCACAGCAGGGACAACGGGCAGUUUCGGGUCCGCACCUCCUCUCAGUCCCCCGAUCAGCGAGAACGACGAAGGCACACCGCUGGCGGCCGCCUUGCAACCCGAGGACCGCGGCAAGGCUACCGCCAUGGGCAUUUUCAACAAGCCUCGAACCACCCUCUUUGACGAGAAUCAGUUCACUCGCCGGCAGUUGCAAAUGCAUCAGGGUCGGAAUACCCCUUCUCCCAUGCGACAGCAUUCUCCUCCUCCCUACCCGCCGGUUGCCGAGAUCAAUAAUACCAUCAACCACAACAUCCUUCCUAGCGCCAUCCUUCCUAGCGCCAUCCCUCCUAGCACCAUCCCUAGCACUAUCCCUAGCACCAUCCCUAGCACCAUCCCUAGCACUAUCCCUCCCAGCAACAUCCAUCACAACAACAUCCCUCCUAGCCAUAUCAAUCAAAUCCCCAAUCGCCCCCGAGGUUAUUCAAUUGCGAGUUAUCGUUCACGAGCCGAGUCUGUCUCGUCUCAUUACAGCAAUGCGUCUCGAUCUGUUGCCGAUCGCUCGCUACCCCCGAGUAGGUCCGGAAACUCGCCUCCUCGGAAUUUGUACGGAGCCCAGACCUUUUUCAAUAAUUUCAGCGGUAGUGAGUCAGAAGAUGAGGGAAAUCAACCUGACUCAGACUCUAGCCGGUUUCCCCGUCGGCCAUCGCACGGAAAUGAUGUGCAUCCGGCGUUUCGCUCCAACAAUAUAGCCAUAUCGUCGUCAUCGCCACCAACGGGCCCGGCAGACCAGCCCGAUCCCUUGCCCGAGUUGCGGUACUCGGAUGUAUGCGAUCUGAAACCUAUCGAGGAAAAUGACGGGACCGACAAGAAGCCCCCGGCUCCUUUUGCGCCGACCCUGACUUUUACCCCGGAGAAGCCGGAUUCCCCAACCCUACCCCCGAAUGGGUUGGGCCUCAGCGGCAUGAUUCGUACGCACCUACGUUAUGAUAGCGACAGAUCAUCCAUCUACCCUCCGCCGUCGCCAGGGUUGCCUCCAGCCCAGGCCAAGGAGCAGCAGACACAAGUCACGCACGAACAAGCCCCGUGUCUUGAGAGUGAACGGGAAAUCACUGCACCCUCGACUGCCGCUUCAAGUACGUUAGGCGGUCCUUCAUGGCAGGAAGAUCUCAAAAUUCGGCACCGGCGGGAAGCCAGUACCGAGACGCAGAAGGAACGCGAAGAGUUUGCGAACGAGCUGGCCGAGCGACGCCGGAGGGUGCAAGAAAAGCUCAAGACCUUUGUCGAGAGCGAGAGUCGAUCGGGUAGCCCUGUCCCGAGUCGACAGGCACCCGAAAUCCCAGGGGUUAGACCCGGGAACGCGUUUGCGAUGCUCAAGAACAAGUCAGCCAUGCUUGGCCGACAGGAAAGUAAGGGUACGAAGGUCCUGGGCCUGGGAAACAACGCGUCGACCCCGGCUCUGGUCCCGGAGGACCCAUCCGCUUAUUCAUUUCCCUGGCGGGAGGACGACGACCGCAGCAGCGGCCCCUCUGGCUUCGGCAAGCAUUCCAACUCGAGCUCCCCGCAUAUCUCCUCGACUAGCACCAACACCAGCACCUCGGCAGACCGACCGAUUCCCUCCCGCGUGCAGGCCGUGAGCCGUAGCAGCCAAGAGGACUCGCGGGAGUCGAGCCGCAGCCGAGGCGAGUCACCGCACUCGAGCUUCAGGUCGCAGCGCGAUCGGUCCGAGUCGGACGCCUCUGGCCGGUCCAAGAGCCGCACCCGGUACCGCGAUCGCGACGAUCUCGAAACGGUCGAGGAGGGCGCCGUUGCCGGCAUUCGCAGAGGGCCCUCCGACAGCUACCACCCGCCAUCGGAGCACGGCGAGCGACACAGCAACACCCCGUCGCUACUCUCAUCGGCGCGCCCGUCCGUCGAAGUGUCUGGCGAACAGCAGCAGCCACCGCUCGUCUAUGAUCGCUCCCCCUCCGCCGCCUCCGGACGAUACCGUAGCGGUAGUCGGUCGGCUGCCCCGACCGGAUAUUUCGACGGUCAUCAUCACAGCAAACCGCCUGGCGUCGGCCCUCCAUCCGUGUCCCCGAUGGUCGGCGUUACCUCUCCCCGCCCGUCUCCAAUUGCUCCGUAUUCCGCCAACGCGACCCCGCCAUUGCAUGAGCUGUCUCUGGACUCCGGGGUCGCCGGGACGCCGGCCCUGUUGAGCGCUGCCGUACAGCAACAGCAACAGCAACAACAACUGCAGCAACUGCAGCAACAGCAACAGCCACAGGCAGCGCCCGUCGGGCGGGCUGCCGGCGGCUCCAGCGGGCUCCAGAAGCGGCCCGUGAACAAGCUGCAGAUCUCGGAGCCCAAAUUUAUCUCGUCGACGUCAAACGUGCCGCUCGUGGGGUUACCGCCGGGGGCCAGUCUGAGCAACGGGAUGGACACCGUCACACCCCCCAUCCCACCGAUGAAUCCGCGGCGGCGGCGGCAGACGACGACGCAGACCAUCCUGGGAGCUUUCAAGAGCGAUCACCGCCACGAAUCGCGGUACGGCGGGCCGUCUCCUGUCUCUACGCGGGCGGCGGAUGAGCUGAGCAACUUCUCCGACGACGAGAAGCGGCCUCGGCCACGCCAACGGCUGCGCAAGACCUCGAGCGAAGGGGGGAACCUCAACGCGCGAGCAUACCAGGAGGCCAUGGCUGCGCCGUCGCCUGCCAUCCCGACGCACCCGAACGUCAACGUUUCUGUUGACGGAGGGAUGUUUUAGUCUUAAGACUUAUACCGCUAUAUACUGCUGUAUACUGCUAUAUACUGCUAUUUAUACUGCUUGGCUAUAGGCUGUACUAUACUGUCUUUGAUGCAUUGUUUAGCGAGAGGCUGUAUCAUAGUGUCGUUUCGGCUGUAUUCCUUGUCUGUCUGCACUUUGUAUAUUAGCUAGAAAUUUACUUUAGAUUUAUAACAAUAUUCUAUACAGAGCUUUCCUAAGUCUGCAU